ACACACUGCGCCAGCCAUCCACCGAAAACAAACACGCAGGGAGAGAGAGCCCCUGCGGGCUGCGAUAGCUAUAUAUUCAUUUCCAUCCCUUCCUUCACAAAAUAUUCUCUCCAUUUCCCUCCCCGCAAGAAUCCUUCUCGUUCUUCUAAUAAACUGUUCCGACCUCGGCAUCCGCUGCGUUCCGAUCCCUUUCUCGUCCGUUUCCGUGCACUUUUCGCCCGAAUCAAACUCCAUUUCCUCGAUCUUUCUCGGAGUGAUAGGAUUGUUUUUUUAAUUUUUUUUUUCGGAUACUGCGAUUCCGGUGAGUUUUAGACUGUUUCUUGCUGGUUUCUACGGAAAGGAUCUGUCGCGGUUUCCAUUCGGUUUCGGUGAAUUUUUGUUGCAGCAGUGUUACUUUUUUUUCGCUAGAGUUUGAUUAGACUGUUGGCUUGAAUUCCGGUUGUGGAUCGCUGAGGAAGAUAAUUUUUAGGGUUUUUGAGGUUGUCGAUGAAGGUAGUGAUGGUAUAGAAUAUUGUGGUGAAUAUGGACGAUAGAGAAGGGUCAUUUGUCGCUGUUAGGAGAAUUUCUCAAGGCCUGGAGAGAGGCAACACUUGCCAUUCAACUUCCGCUGAAGUUGUGGCAGGAUCAGCAGCAUGGCUUGGCCGAGGUCUUUCUUGUGUGUGCGCACAAAGUAGCGAGAGUGAUGCUCGCCCUUCAUUUGACUUAACCCCUGGCCAGUGUCUGGUAUCCCUGAUUUUGAAGUUUCAUAAGCCCUUGCCACUUGCUUUUGGGUUUUUUGCAUCCGUAUGCCCUCCCAUAUUUCGACUUUGGUGUUGUCAGGAGGAAUGCUUGCAGAGGCUGCAGAGUCGUUUAGAUGUUUCCUAUGAUUGUUCAAUCCCUGAGCACCAGGAAGCUUUAAGGGCUUUAUGGAAUGCUGCCUUUCCUGAAGAAGAACUCCGUGGUCUUAUAUCUGAGCAGUGGAAAGAUAUGGGUUGGCAGGGCAAGGAUCCAUCAACAGAUUUUAGGGGUGGUGGUUUCAUAUCAUUGGAGAAUCUGUUGUUCUUUGCCAAGAAUUUUCCGAAAACCUUCCAGGAUCUUCUCCAAAAGCAGGAAGGUGAUCGGUCAGUGUGGGAAUACCCAUUUGCUGUAGCUGGUGUGAACAUCACAUUCAUGCUUAUUCAGAUGCUUGAUCUGGAAGCAGUCAAACCACGGACACUGGUGGGAGCAACAUUUUUGAAGUUUCUUGCAGAAAGUGAAUCGGCAUUUGAUCUGCUUUAUUGCAUCACGUUCAAGCUGAUGGAUCAUCAGUGGCUUUCUAUGCGAGCAUCAUAUAUGGAUUUCAAUGCGGUGAUGAAAUCAACGCGUCUUCAGCUGGAACAAGAGCUAUUGCUUGAAGACAUAACAAGGUUGGAACAGUUGCCAUCAUACGGCCUUCUUUCCCAAUAGUGUUACAGUUCUCAGAUUUAACAUACUGGCAUUUAACGGCAACAUUCGGUGGAGACACUUGUUCUUGUGACGGCAAGAUUUAUCGCAUCGCUGGAGACAAUCGUUUUUACGUAUAUGGCAUGUUGUAUAUGAUAUGUUGCUUCUAGUUUCAAAUAUUGCUUGAUUUCACCACAGCAUGUUACCAUUUGAUUUCGCAAAGGGUGGGUUUCCAGAGUUUGUAAGGCUGAGAAAGUACCCAAAAAAAAAAAAGGGAUUUCAAGCAGCAAGUUUAAAUGCUGCAUUUAUCCUUCUCCGCAGUUGACUUCCCUAAAACAUUUUUUACAAUUUCAGAACGUUUGGGCACCAAUGUGGGAUUUGUUUUGAAUAAAUGGUCUCUUCUUGGGCACCAAAAUGCAAAGAAACCUCAUUUUACAUGUAUUGUUUUUGGGCACCAAAAAUUAUGGUUAGGAUGUUCUCAGCCA